AUGGAUUUUACGUCUCAUAUAUCCGAUCAUGAUAUAGCGGGUCUCCUAUCUCGGAAUGUCGUUUGCCAUGGAAAUAGAAACGCGAUAAUUGAUGGGAGUCUCUCCAUCACCUACCAGCAACUAGAUCUCAAAGCCAAGGAAAUUUCUUUGGACUUGAUUCGACAAGGAGUUGCGUAUGAGGACCCAGUCGGUAUUCUCACAGCAUUUGGGUUACCCCAUUUAAUCGCUCAAGUAGGGGUGAUUUAUGCCGGUGCUACAUGCGUCCCGUUGGACAGCGAACGCUCGGAUGCUGAGCUCGCAGCACAACUCCAUGUAGCACAUGUGAAUUUCCUAAUUGUCGACGACAUGCACCGUGAUCGUCAACUAUUAGCGGAGAAGGUAGUACUCAUUCGUGACCCGAACAUUGAACUUCUGAGGGACAAGACGCAGGAUAUUCCAAAACCUUUGCAGCCCACGUUUCGUUCACACAUCCUCUUCACGUCUGGUACCACGGGGACGCCAAAGGGUGUCCAGAUCCCGGCGGCUGGGAUUGUCAGAAUUGCUCGCGAUCCACUCUGCGAAGCCAUCUCCGGUGAGGACACGGUUGGCCACCUCAACAAUCCAUGUUUCGAUGUGUCGCUGAUCGAUAUAUGGUGUUCCCUCAUCAACGGGACGACAAUCGUUGUCAUGGACAGACGAGAGCUUCUCAGUCCUGGACUUUUCGCUCGUUCCUUGAAAAGACAGCAGGUCACGUUUGCGUUUUUGCCAACAGCCUUGUUUCACAUGGUGGCACUGGCAUGCCCGACUGCCUUCUCCGAGAUGAACACCGUCAUCGUUGGUGGAGAGGGCCUCAGCAUUGGACCUUGCAAGGCUGUGCUGGAGCAUGGGCCCCCUCGUCGACUUAUUAACGGCUAUGGGCCUACGGAGUGUACUAUUCUCGCGUGCGGACAUCAAAUCACAUGGAAAGGUGUGCAAGAUGCGGCGAGUGGCUAUCUGCCCAUUGGCAGACCUCUUGGAAAGACGGUGGCACACGUUUUCGAUGACUCGCUUCGGCCAGUGACGGGAAAUAAUCAGGGAGAACUCUAUCUAGGAGGUGCCGGACUCUCCAUGGGCUAUCUUGAGGCACCAGACGCACAACGAACUGGGUUUGUGACAGUUCCAGGCCUCGGGCCUAGGGAGGAGCCAAGCCGCCUUUACCGUACCAAAGACGCUGUGUGUAGAGAUGAUGCUGGGAACCUGGUCUGGGUCGGCCGCAUGGACCGAGAGGUCAAGAUGAGAGGUUAUCGCAUUCCUUUGGAUGUCAUUGAGUCGGAGAUUCUGUGUACUGGCCUCGUAAGUUCAGUCGUUGCCGCCAAGGUGAAUCUCCCCGAUGCAAAUAUGUCCCUGCUGGUGGCCUGCGUGACAUAUCUACCCUCUCGAGGGGGAAGCGUCAGUCCAUGUCUCCUUGCAAGAUGCCAGGCGCGUCUUCCAAAAUACAUGGUCCCACAGCUGGUCGAAUUCGGAGCCAUGCCCAUGACUCGACAUGGAAAGAUUGAUAGAAAAAGAGUGCACGAGAUUCUGGUGGAUGGGCUCAUACGCCGCCUCAGCGAGCAGAGCUCCAUUGAAGUCAUGAAGUCGGACCAGUCCAUGUCAUCCGAAGCAAAGCUGCGUUCUCUGUGGAGCCAGAUCCUUGUCACGGUUCCGAGGCAUGAUAUCCAGCCCGAGACCGACUUCUUUGGUAUAGGUGCCACGUCCUUGCACGUGGCAUCUCUGAUUCACGGUGUGCAUCACGUCUUCGGAGUGGACAUCCUCGCUCGGACUGUCUACGAGUGUUCGACCCUGCGUGGCCUCGCAGACAUAAUCCAGCAAGAACGACACCACAGACCUGCGUAUCAAGCCAAGGAGAUCCAAGACAAUCUUCUGAUGGACGCGGCUACCCUCUGGAGAAAUAUUCCUAUUCCCCAAGUAGAACCCGUAGACUGGUUGUCUGCUGGAGAAGGCAGGGUGUUCUUGACUGGUGCCACGGGCUUCAUCGGGGCCUUCAUGCUCCUCGAGCUGCUUCGGAUGCCACAAGUCCACAGAGUCCGAUGUCUUGUUCGUGCAGACCGCUUAGAAACUGCCUACUCCAAAUUGUUCAGAAAUUUGGAUAAGUACCGACUUGCCCAGCUGGAGGAGGACCUCAGGACCAAAAUAGAGGUUAUUCCCGGAGACUUCUCCCAGAACAGGCUCGGGUUAACGGAAUCGAGCUUCCAGGAACUGGCGGAAUGGGCCAGCGUGGUCUUUCAUCUGGGCGCCCAGGUCAACUAUAACGAGCCAUAUGCUGCCACCCGGACUGCCAAUGUCUUGGGCACACUCAACCUGCUUCGCCUAGCCGCUACAGGAAAACCAAAGGCAUUCCACUAUACGUCAACUAUUUCAGCCUUUGGCCCGACUGGUCUGAUGAAAAAUCGGCCAAAUUUGAUCGACGAGGACGGGUCUCUGGCACCCUACGUCGAGAAUGCUAUCCCGUAUGAGAUGGGCUAUGGACAAAGUCAGUGGGUGGCGGAUGAGUUGGUCUCGACCCUGAUGCGGCGCGGGUUUCCCACAGCCAUCUACCGCUGCGGAUUUGUCUUGUGUCACGGCGAAAGCGGUAUUGGUAAUUUGGACGAUUUCGCCAGCCGCCUGUUGACAGAUUGUACAAGGCUAGGAAUCUUUCCCCUGCUUCCAGACCAGCGCGAAGAGCUUGUGACUGUUGAUUACGUGGCAUCCGCCAUGAGACUGAUUUCCACGUCAAACGAUAACCUGGGACGCGCAUACCAUCUUGUUCCUGAUCUCGACUCGAGCAUCGAUAUGAAUACGCUCUUUCGUCUUGUUGGCAAGGCGGCAAAUGUCACAAUGACCGGUUUGCCAUAUCACGACUGGCUUGACAGAAUACGCACCGCGGUUGAAAAUGCUUCCAAGCUGCGGCUUACACCUCUGCUGCCCAUGUUGGAGGAGAAGGUGCUUGGAGAACGGACCCGAAUCGAAUUGUAUGAAGGAAUGGCGAGGUUCAAGCGUGAAAACACUGUCGAUGCAUUGCAGAAAACGGGGUGCAAUGGGUUCCUAAGGGAAGCGGCGGUGAAUGAAAAGGAUCUGCAGGCCUAUGUCAGGUUUUUGCAGUCGCAGGACUAA